AUGCCCCACCAAGUGAUUCGCGCUGUACAAACGCUCUCUGCUGCCCAUGGCACCGGAAGGGCCCUGAGGACGGGCAAGACAAGUAUUGGACAGUUGGCCAAUGCUACCAUCUGGUCUCCACAGCAUUUCCCAAAGUUUCUGGGUUUUACCAUGCUCUCUUCGGGGGUUGCUGGAUUCAACUUUAUGGCAUACCUCAAACGGUGUGACAAGGAAACUCUGGUCUAUGCCGAGUAA